GCGACUUGGAGGCGCACCGGCUCCAUCCAGCAGAAACGCCGCACUAUGGCCUCGCUCUGAGCCUCCUCAUACGACACUUGUGUACAUACCUAACCGGCAAUCCGUCACCAUCGACGCCUUGAUCAUGGACCUCCGGUCCAGAGGCUUUUUUCGGGGCCAUCGGAGUUGUCAAUAGUACUCCCGAAGUACUAUAUUAUUUGAUUUUGAGCACUGUCACUUUUGCACGCCCUGGGAUUUAAACCGAAGUGACAGUUGUAGCACUCACCCCAUCUGCCGGUUAGCUAGCUAGCUCGCUAAGUCAACAGCCAAGAAGGGCAUCACUUUUCUGUUGGAGUAAAGGACAAGGAAACUACAACACCACUACUUUCACUAACAGAAGACUGAUCAGAGGCCGACUCCCCGAGUUCCUAUCUUGCAACACAGUCAAAACUGAUUCCUGAAAGGCUGGCAACACACCGCCACCCUAAUGCAGAACCAUAAAAGAACGUGAAAUGAACAAACCACCACAGCCUAUAACGGGACCUACCUCUGUCCCAAACCCUGCCCCUUCCCCUGGAUUGACACAGGCUGCUUACGGCCCUGGACAACCUCCUUCUCUUGUUUUUGCCACCCCUCCACCUCCACAAAUGAACUCUGCACCACAGCCAAGACAGUUUGCUGCAGGGCCCCGUACUUUACACCAACAGGGUGGAUACAGAGCAUUGCAGAGUUACUAUCAGAACCGACCCGCCAUGGCCACCAGUGCUCCAAGGGUGCAGACGAGUAGUGGCCCUCGACCUGUUGGACCUGCUCACGUCUACCCACCCAGCUCCCAGAUGAUGAUGAUUUCCCAGCAGCAGCUGCCUUUCGCUGGCUCUCCUCAGGGAUACUUCAUCCCCCCUGGACAGUACCGACCCCCGUACAUGCCUCCUACCCAGCAGUAUCCUGUGACCGGCAGUACAGCAGGCUUCUACCCAGGAACUAGCCCUGCUGAAUAUCCUGGUUAUGAGCCCUCUCUUGCUGCGAGGGAGAGGCGGGGUGGUGGAGGGAGAGGGGGCGGGCGAGAGAACGGCCGUCUCUCUCUCCACGGUGCUCCUCUCACCUCCCAGCGCUACCCCGCAGGAGCAUACUAUCCAGCGCAGCCACAGUAUUCUCCAUCAGUCCAGCCUGCACCAGUCAUGAUGAACCCCACCCAGCAACAGCAACAAGCCCCGCCUCCUCAGCAGCCACCGGCACAGUCACAAGGCCCACCAAAGAGGGAACGCAAACCGAUAAGAAUACGAGAUCCCAACCAGGGUGGGCGUGAUAUCACAGAGGAGAUCAUGUCAGGGGGAAGGUCAACUACGACACCAACUCCCCCACAGGCCUCCACAACAGAUGGAAGUCCUGUACAAACCAAUGGGGAAGUUGUACAGCCUGUCACUGGAGUGACAAGAAGAGAUGAAAACGCAGAGCUCCCUGGUAGUGCUGAAACGCCUCCACCUCCUGCUACAGCAAACACAGAGCCUGUGCUGGAGGCCAAACAGGAAACGGACAGCCAAAUAGCACUGCCUACUGAGCUCGCUGCACAAUCUGUAGCUGCUGCAGCUGCUACUGAGGUGCCAUCCCCAUUGAUAAAGGACCAGCAGCCUCCUCCUUCCCUCCCUGCAGGAGCAGCAUCUACCACUCCACCUGCUGAGGCAGUAAAUAAAGUCACAGCGAGUGUUGGUGACACGGUAGAUGCCCCUGUUGGACCUUCAGCAUCAUUAGCAGUACAAGAAGCACCUGUGAAAAUGGAGAAACCUCAGGCUGCUUCAGAAGAGGAAGAAAUAAAAACAGAGGAAGUCAAGAAGUUGGAAAAAGAAGAGCAGGUGGCCAGCUCCAAGUUGGAGCCUGCAAUUGAGAUUUCAGCAGCAGCAGCGACAGUUACUCCUGUUAACCUGGCAAAAGAAGAAGCAACUAUAAAGACGGAGCCGGACGUUUCCCAGCCUCCUCCCUCUGCAAAGGAACCUGUUGCUGCACAGACCCAGAACGCUGACCUGAACUCUGCCCCCGAACCUGAGCCCACACCAGUUGAAACGGCAGAGCCUCUUCUCUCCAACGGCCUUCCUCAGGAGCCUGAAGAACUGUCUGAGGAUAUGGCAUUUCCAGACACUACAUCCCAUAACAAGCCCGCCGCUUCUCAAUCUCAGGAAUCCACACCUGUGGCUAAAACAGCAACACCAGCCCAGGAGGAAGAAGAGGAGGAGAAGAAAGAAGAGGAGUCGAAGAAGAAAAUUGAGGAUGCCCCUCCUGCCUCUGUUAGCUGCCCAGAGGAAUCUACUAUGCAAGCUGCUACGUCUGUGCCAAAGAAGAAGAAGAACAUGAAAGAGCUCAACAAGAAGGAGGCCAUUGGGGACCUCCUGGAUGCCUUCACAGAGGAGCAGGUCGCCAGUCCUGCUUCUGAACCCUCGACCACUCAGGCCAGCCCUCCAGCUCCAGCUGAACCUUCUGCUGAAGUGGCUGAUGAGACCUGGGAGGAGAAGGAGGACAAGCAGAAUGCCGAGCCUGACAGGCCUAAAGCCACACCUGAGCCAACAGAGCAGAAAUACCAGUACAAAGAAGAACAAUGGAAGCCGAUAAACCCAGAGGACAAGAAGCGGUACGACAGGGAGUUCCUCCUGGGCUUCCAGUUCAUCAGCGCCAGCAUGCACAAACCUGAGGGCUUGCCUAUAAUCAGUGACGUGGUCCUGGACAAGGUGAACAAGACUCCACUGCGGCCUGCUGAUCCAGCUCGGCUGAUGAGUGUUGGUCCUGAUUUUACUCCCUCGUAUCUGGGGAAUCUUGGGAGCAGAUCAGUGGGAGGACCACGAGGCCCACCCGCUGGACCUCGUCGCUCCCAGCAGGGUCAGCGGAAAGAGCCCAGGAAAAUCAUCAGCAGCAUGUCCCUCAAUGACGACGUGCAGCUCAACAAGGCUGAGAAGGCCUGGAAGCCUUCUGUGAAGAAGUCCACUCGCAGCCGUGCUGCAGAGGAGGUGGAAGACAGCGAAGAUCCAGAACAGGCAAAGACUCAAGAUUUGUUCAAGCGCCUGCGCAGCAUCCUCAACAAGCUGACCCCGCAGAAGUUUCAGGAGCUGAUGAAGCAGGUGACGGACCUGAAAAUAGACACCGAGGAGAGGCUUAAGGGAGCCAUUGACCUCAUCUUUGAGAAGGCCAUCUCAGAGCCCAACUUCUCUGUGGCCUAUGCCAACAUGUGCCGCUGCCUUAUGGGGUUGAAAGUCCCCACCUCAGACAAGCCAGGAGUUUUUGCGAACUUCCGCAAACUGCUGCUCAACCGCUGCCAGAAAGAAUUUGAGAAGGACCAAGAUGAUGAUGAGAUCUUUGAGAGAAAGCAAAAGGAGAUGGAGGCUGCCAAAGAUGAAGAGGAGCGUGAGCGCUUGAGGGUGGAGCUGGAAGAGGCCAAAGACAAGGCUCGACGUCGCUCACUGGGAAACAUCAAGUUUAUUGGUGAACUCUUCAAGCUUAAGAUGCUGACAGAAGCCAUCAUGCAUGACUGUGUAGUGAAACUACUGAAGAAUCAUGAUGAAGAGUCUCUUGAGUGUCUCUGCAGACUGCUCUCCACUAUUGGCAAAGACCUGGACUUUGAGAAAGCAAAGCCUCGUAUGGAUCAGUAUUUUAAUCAGAUGGACAAAAUCAUCAAAGAGAGAAAGACCUCAUCCAGAAUCCGCUUCAUGCUGCAAGAUGUCCUGGACCUCAGAAAGAGUAACUGGGUGCCUCGCAGAGGUGACCAAGGUCCUAAAACAAUCGACCAGAUCCACAAGGAGGCCGAGAUGGAGGAGCACAGGGAACAUAUCAAAGUCCAGCAGCAGCUCCUGUCAAAGAAAGAAGGUGGAGGAGGAGGAGGAGGCGGCAGGAUGGGAGGGAGCAUGGGAGGCCGCGGCCCUCACACACCAGGAGGAGGCCGAACCAGCCAACCUCAGGAUGAAGGGUGGAACACGGUGCCCAUCUCCAAGAACAGACCCAUCGACACUACCCGCCUUAGCAAGAUCACAAAGCCUGGUGCUCUGGACUUCAACAAUCAGCUGUUGGCUCCAGGCGGCAAAGGCAUGUGGGGUAGUUGGGGAAAAGGCAGCAGUGGAGGAAGUGGAGCGAAACCUGCGAGUGGAGAGCAGGACUCUGGGCGUCCGGCCACCAGCACUCUCAACCGCUUCUCUGCCCUGCAGCAGUCUGGUUCAUUGUUGUCAUCCACAGACUCUGAUCGAAGAGUUCCUCAGAGGUCAAGCUCCAGCCGUGAACGUGGCGGCGACAGAGACAGGAGCGACCGUGACAGGGAUCGGUUUGACAGAUUUGAUCGCAGCGAGGGACGGGAAGGCAACCAAAUCACCAAGAGAAGCUUUAGCAGAGAGUCGCAGGAGCGCGGCGGGAGGGGCGGAGACAGCCGGGCCUCAAACGAGCCGGUGCGUCGCGUCGCCAGCAUGACCGACGAUCGGGACAGAGGAAGCAGAGACAGAGGAAGCAGGGAUCGAGGAAGCAGAGACAGAGGAAGCAGGGAUCGAGGAAGCAGAGAUCGAGGAAGUCGGGACAGGGGUCCAAGCAAAGACCUCACAGUUAAGCGUGAGAGCGCCCCCACUCCUCCUCCUUCUCUUCCUAAACCUUCCAUGUCUGAAGAGGAGGUGGAGAAGAAGUCAAAUGCCAUCAUUGAGGAAUACCUCCACAUCAAUGACUUAAAGGAGGCGUUGCAAUGCGUGGCUGAGCUCAAUAGUGCCUCGCUGCUCUAUGUGUUUGUGCGGAACGGCUUGGAGUCGACACUUGAACGCAGCACCAUUGCGAGAGAGCACAUGGGCCUGUUGCUGCACCAACUUACAAAGGCAGGAACGUUGCCCACACAGCAGUACUACAAAGGGCUACAAGAGAUCCUGGAGGUGGCAGAAGACAUGGCCAUAGAUAUACCUCACAUCUGGCUCUACCUGGCUGAACUCAUUACCCCCAUGCUCCAUGAGGGAGGCAUCCCUAUGGGACAGCUCUUCAGGGAGAUCUCGAAGCCUCUUGUGCCUCUGGGGAAGGCUGGCGUGCUGCUGGCACAGAUCCUCACGUUGCUUUGCAAAGGAAUGACCCCCAAGAAAGUUGGGGCUUUGUGGACAGAGGCUGGGCUGAACUGGAAUGAUUUCCUGCCUAAGGAUGAAGACGUCAACAAGUUUGUCACUGAUCAGAAAGUGGAGUUCACCACAGGAGAGGACACGGAGGCAAAGGAAGUUGUUAAGAAGAAGGUCCUCACUUCAGAGGAGCUCAACAAACAGCUGGACCGACUCCUCCAGGACAAGGCCGACAACCAGCGCAUCAGAGACUGGGUUGAGGCUAACUUGGACGAGCAGCAGACUGCCUCCAACCAGUUUGUGCGAGCGCUGAUGACAUCGGUCUGCCAGUCUGCCAUCAUAUGUGACAACCCGUACAAGGUGGAUGCUCAGCAGAUCAGUCAGAGAGCCAGUCUGCUGCAGAGAUACUUAAGUGAUGAGCUGAAAGAGCUGCAGGCCCUUUACGCCCUCCAGGCUCUGAUGGUGCACAUGGAGCAACCAGCCAACCUGCUGCGGAUGUUCUUCGACGCCUUGUACGAUGAGGAUGUUAUUAAAGAGGAGGCCUUCUACAAAUGGGAAUCCAGCAAAGACCCUGCGGAGCAAACAGGCAAAGGUGUGGCCUUGAAGUCUGUCACCGCCUUCUUCACCUGGCUCCGUGAGGCCGAGGAGGAGUCUGACAAGGACUGAAAGACUAAACUGAAAGCUGCUGCCCCCCUUUGGCAAGGCGAGGGCUCGGCAGGCAGCCGUGGAGUCAUGGACAAUAUUGCCAGAGAGGCAGACUCAAAUCAAUCCUCAAUGAGGAUAAAUCUUUAUUACUUUUUCUUUUCUUUGAGGGAUGGACUCAGAAAACAAUCAUUUCCCUCUAACCUCCCCCUCUUGCUUCCUCAUUAUUUCCCCACCUGCUUUACACAGCAAGUGUCCUCGUGAAAUAAACUUGAAAACUGAUUCAGCAGGAUUGCUUGUUAACGAGGUGUGAAGUAUCCCACAUCACUACGAAACUGUUUUUUUCUGUCACAGUAAUGCAAACCAACGGGCUGCUUUUCCAUUGUCCUAGACAACUGUAAUGCCUAACAUCCAAUCCAAUCUGACGAAGAAACAGCAGGGGGCGUGUGGUGCAGCGGGGUCCCCUGACACGUGGGUAUCAUCAUGCCAUAACGUGUGUUCAAACACAGCUCUUAUGUCUUUGUCCUUUCCUGGAGUGUGCAGCAUGACUGAAGUGUGUUUCUAUUAAUACAGUGGACAAAACGUUCGUAGACAAAAAUGUACAUGAACUAAUCUUAAUUUGAUGGAUGGAGUUUUUAAAGCAAAGGUUGUCUAUUUUCUCUUCCUGUUUCCUACCAUGAACUUGCAGAGGACACAGGCCUGAUGUUGACCUUGACUACUAGGGGGUGGUCUUAAUGCUUCCUCUAAAGCCAUCCUCUCCCAUCCCCAGUAGCGAACCACACUGACUGACUCUUCAUCUUUACCUCUUCUGGCUGUUGUAGAGGACACUUAAUGACCCAAUCACCGUUAAAACUUGAAAUCUACAGAAAAUUGACUUGAUGAAAUAUAUAAAGUUAAAAAAAACAACAAAAACAAACGAAAAAAAACACAGAAAUGAUCCGAAAGCCUUUUCUACUUUAAGUGGAAACUCAUUUCAGGAGCGUUCUGUAAAUAUAUAAUAAUGAUAAUAAUAAAAAACUUUUUUUUUCAGUUUUAUUUUUCAGAAACAAUAAAUUGCUGAUGUAAUUGCAGUGUCUCCUUUUCCAACAGAAACCACAGUUGUCCAGAUGCAGAGAGAUGCUUUAGAUAAUCCAUUGAUUAUUAGUUUUAUUGGAAUUUUGUAAAUAUUUUUUUGCUUUCUUUAUUUAAGAAAUUAUUGCUUCUUUUGCAUCGGAAACUGGAAAGUUGAGGUAACGGAACAUUGCAAAUAAAGAACUUAUUAAAUUGCUGAGCAGA